UGUUGUAAAUUUAUCAAAUUUAAUUUGUAAUUUUUUUGUAACUUUUAAUUGAAUAAUAAUGACUGGUCGUGGUAAAGGUGGAAAAGGAUUAGGAAAAGGUGGUGCAAAACGUCAUCGUAAGGUUUUGCGUGAUAAUAUCCAAGGUAUUACAAAACCAGCUAUUCGAAGAUUAGCUCGUCGUGGCGGUGUGAAACGUAUAUCAGGAUUGAUAUAUGAAGAAACACGAGGUGUACUUAAAGUUUUCUUAGAAAAUGUUAUAAGAGAUGCUGUUACAUAUACAGAACAUGCUAAAAGAAAGACUGUAACUGCAAUGGAUGUUGUUUAUGCAUUGAAAAGACAAGGCCGUACUCUAUAUGGUUUUGGAGGUUAA